AUGACGCCGCACCUGAUGAGAAUCAUCCGAAGAUACAGCUUAGCACAAAAAAUCGGCUACUUCACCGGGGACAACGAUGCAAAAAACGAUACUUGCCUCCGCCAACUUGCCGUUGAUUUGUUGCGAGAGUACGGUUUGGCAUUCGAUCCAAUAUCUUCUCGAACGCGUUGCGCCGGCCACAUCAUUAGCCUCUCCCUCCAAGCCUUUCUCAUUGCGACCAGCGAGAGCGCCCUUAGGGCCGCCAUUGAACAGGCGCAAGAUGAAUCGAAUCAGGUCACUGUCGCGGGCGCCUUGCACGACCAUAUUCAACUGGAGCCUGCGUCAGGACGUCAUGGCAGGCGCAGGAGACGAAAUGACACUGCCGGCUGGCGGAGCAUCGGCCCAAUGGGAAAACUCCACAAUAUCGCUGUAUUCAUCCGCAACUCUACAAUUCACAACGAUGCGUGGGAUGACAUUGCCGGAAGGGCGCUUGGUAUCGACAACAUUACACGCUGGAACUCGUGGUUCAAAUUGCUUGAUGCAGCUAUCAGCCAAGAGGUACUGAAGAUGACCCAUGAGCUCUUACAGCCGUUUCACCAGGCCACUCUGGAGCAGCAAAUGCAGUGGGCGUCAAUAGAUCAGGUGCUGGAAAACAUGGACAUUCUUUUAUGCAAUUUGAAAAUGCAAAGGUCAAAUACGCCGAUAACGCCCACAUGGUGA